CGAAGCGGACAGCAGGGAGGAAGAGUUCGGAAGAAGAUAGCCGACCAGGAGUGGCUCGGCGGAGAGAGGCGGCGUAUCGAGAAGGUGGCGAUGGCGGCGGCUUCGACCAUCACUCGCAUAGCCAUCGAUCCGGGUACUUCUUCGUGUGCGGUCGCGGUGAUUGGGAGCGAUGGGAUUGUCCACGUCAUACCCAACGAAUUCAGAGAGCUGUCAACGCCGUCUUUUGUCACGUUCACGGACAAAAGCCGUUUAGUGGGGCAAGCACAGAAGCAAGCUCGGCGGAUCCCGGAGAACGUGCUGUACGAAGUGAAACGACUGAUCGGGCGAGAUUACGACUCCAUCACCGAGGAGCUUCGGUGGUGGCCGUUCAACGUCAAGCGAGGGUUACAGGGCGAGGUCCGAAUCGAGGUAAGAAGUCCGUUCUUGUCCUGGCUUUCUAAGGAGGAUGGAGACGAGAGUGGGCCUGAGGAUGCCUCGACAGCAGAGCAGAGAGGUGCCACGCUGUUCGCCCCGGAAGAGAUCCUAGCGAUGCUGUUGGCCAAGAUGAAGAGCAUGGCUGAAUCUUUUCUCCAUUGCGGCAGUUUAUGCGCUGCUACCAUAGCUGUGCCGUCUUUCUAUAACGACCGACAGCGAUCUGCGACGAAAAUCGCGGCCCAGAUUGCAGGCUUCACGGACGUGGAAUUCGUGAACGAGGCUACUGCCGCCGCUGUGGCGUAUGCUCACGACAACGGCAUGCUGUCAAUGAGCAAAUGUGGUCCUCGUCAAAGACAAAACGGUCACUCCAAGGUAUUAAUUUUCUCCCUCGGCGGUGGAAGCCUGGACGUGGCGCUUGUUUCGAUCGGCGAUGGGAGGUUGACGGUAGAUGCCGUGGACGGCGAUACGUGUCUCGGAGGCAAGGACUUCGAUGAAGAGAUAAUCGAACUCAUAGAAGAAGAAUGGGUCAGCAAGUUCGGUAAGCCCCUCGACAGCAGAAAAGGUACGGCGCUGAAGUUGAAGAUUGCGAGUGAGAGAGCGAAACGAGACCUCACAUCGCUCAGGAAUGCGCUCAUUGAGAUUGAGUUGUUCGACGGCCAAGAAAAGCUGGUACUGAAUCUGGAGCGGGAAGUGUUCGAGCGAAGGUGCAGACCGUUGUUCGAUCGGUGCUUGGAAUGCUUUUUGCGUGUGGCACAGAAGCAGACUGAACCGCAAGAAGUGCAGGCAGUUGUCCUCGCAGGGGGAUCCACACGCAUUCCCGAGAUCGGCCGCAUGUUGAGGGUGUUCUUCGACAAGGCGCCACAGCCCCUCGCCUACCAAGAUGAAGCUAUCGUGCGCGGCGCGGCACUCUUCACCGCGUGUAGGGACCAGAUUUUGGACAACAUAUAUCCGAGGGGUAUUGAUUUCAAGAUACAGGGGGAUUCAAUUUGGAGUACUGUGUUUACCAAGGAUGGGAAUGUACGAGUUUCACCCUUCUCCUUUCGGAUUAGCAAUUAUCGUGGUGAGGAAACUGAUUUGGACAUAUUCGAGGGGCGCCAGAAUCGAAUGGGCAAGUUAAGAAUGGUGGACGAGGAAGUGUGCGGGGUGCUUGAGAUGGACGAGUGUGGAAUACUUGUUCUCCGAGAAUCUGGUCGAUCCACGGUCUCGUUGCACAAAAUAGGGCAAGCUAGGGAUGAAGAAAUCGACCGCUGGAAGCACCGGGCCCAGGAGAUGAUUGAGUUGGAAGCGUGUAUUGAGCAGAUGAGCAGGGAGAAGUACGAGUGGAUGAAAUACACCGGGGAAGUUGACAAGAGAAAGCUUGAGUGUCCAAACUGGCUGCGGGAUGUCAUAUGCUCGUGCAGGAUUGAGGUGGAGGGAUGGCUUGAGGGAGCGGCAGGCGAUUGCAAGCGGAGGAUUGGAAAGUUUAGAGAGGGAUUCGAGGAGUUCAAGAGGCUGUGCGAGUUGGCGUUGGGGGAGGCGUGGGCCAGAUCACUUUCAGGUAGGAAACUCUUUGUCGCUUGUCGAUUGGAGUCCGAUUAUAUCGACGAGCGUUUGCGGCUGCUUCUCAAGAACGAGGGCGACGACCAGGGGGCCUCCGAGAGCAGCAGCAGCAGCAAAUUGUUCCCACUGAGUGCCAAUCUCUGCGACAUCAUCGCCUUCGUGCCGGAUGACAAGCUUAGUGCCGCGCGGGAGCUGAUUGCAAGGACGGGGAACACUAUUGAAGUGGCAACGCGCCAUAGCUACGAGCCACCGGAGUGUCUCAGGGACCAAGGUUUUACCUACGUGCUGGUCCGAAUGAGCGGAGGCAAGCCGGGAUGGAACGAGGUCGCGGGUAACUUAGUCAAAAUGUCUGUGCAAGCCGGUCUUUUUGUCAUAGUCUGCGUCGAAGACCAUCUCGAUGCCGACGACAGCAGCGACGAUCAGUGCCACGAUGGCAAUGAUCGACAAGAACCUCAGUGGCUAGGACAACUUCAGGAUCUCAUCCGGCAGGUUGGCAGCUAUUGGAGGAACAUUAUUCUGGCGUACCAACCGGCUUGGUCGAAGACAAGUCCUUGGACGUUCGGAUCGUCUGCUACGGAAGAUGUGCUCAGGGUGGCUCGACAUUUACGACAAGCUGUUGUUGAUUCGCUUAACCAUGGCGCAGCUGCCGCAACGAGGAUCAUCUUCGAGGGAGAAGUGAGUGAGGACAUCUGGCACUCACUGCCGAAGCUCAGGGUGAUCGACGGAUUUCUCCUUCCAGGAGACUUCCAAGAUUCUAUCAUGGUUGACAAGCUCGGUGGAGCGAGGGAUGAGCGGGGGGGUAAAUUUAUAAUUUGCGGCCAUGCUGAUGAAGGUGCGGUCCUCGGGGAAUCUGUGAAAAGUGCGUUGUCCCCGGUCUUGUCGAAGCUCGAACGGUCAGAAGAGGACGUGUCGAUUAUCAUCGCGGACAGAUCGGACGAGCCUAUGACGGAAAACGAAGUGCCGAGAGGGAAGGUGCUUGCCAUUUGGAAGCCCCAAGAAGAGCAUAUUGAUGUGGUGGAGGUACAGCUUGAAGGGCUAAGGAAGACGAUGGAGGAAAGCAAUGCCAGGUGGGAGGACGUGUUCCUGGAAUACAGACCUGCACCGGAUGAUUAUAGUAAAGAAACUCUAUCGCAGGUGGUGGGUGAUGCUCACAGUCAGAUCCGGAGAUGGUUUUUGAUGCACGGGAGCCUUGAAGACGCGCGAAGGGUGCGCAUCAUCUGUUUUCUGGAUGAUCAGAUAAGCGCCAAGACACUUCAAGAAAUCGCUGCACUGCCGAACGUUGACGGGAUAAGCGUGCGUCUUACUGUAACAGGAUCAGUCUUCGAAAGUUCUCUCAGGGAAAUGGAGCGAAACAAUCAUGGAGCGAGAUCGCAUUCAGGGAAAGCAACUUCAGCGAGAUCCAGUCGGUCUGGGUGGAAUGCGUUGAAGGCAAGUUUAUCAAGAGUGAAUAGUGGGCGACGAGGCCUUGCUAUUUUGAACAAUUCCUCGAAGGCAAAGUAAGCACAAACGAGGAAAAUUGAGCAGUUAUCCGAUUGUGAUACUUUUUACUUCACUUUUAAGAAGGUAUGUCGUGCUUAUCAGUUCGAAGUCGACAGAUUCAAUGAAAAUGUAUCAUCACAUAAUGACAUAUGAUUCAAUCGUGACAAUUUUUUUAUUUUUUUUUACUUUGUUUUUUUUUCGCUAAGCCCUUGGAGAGUUUAGACUCUAAGCUCGUUAUCUUACUAAUGCAACCUAAAUUUUAAUGGGACUUAGCUUCUUCUAUUAUUGUUUGAGUGUGCAUAAUGGACUGCUUAUAAGAGUGUGCCUAUCACUUUUAUUCUCAUGUUAACUUUUGUAUCGUGGUACAAUUUGAUCUUUCCAUGCAUCCAUUCAGACUUUUGUUAUUUUAUUAUUACAUUAUGUUAUAUGUGUAUUUUACAACUUUUCACUCUUAUGAUCUUAGAUUUACCAUGUUUCUCCUUCAUUUCCAAUGUUGUUUACGCUUGAAAAAUUCCUCAAAGGCAAAGUAAGCACAAGCGAAGAAAAAUGAAUAGGCUAUCCAAUU